AUGUUAUUUUCAUUGCCAAUAUUUUGUCUAAAAGCAAAAUUUUGGGCCAUACUAAGCCAUAAAAACUCUCCUUAUGAACCCUCCCAGAAUUUUUGAUUUCGGAACCCGGAUCAAAGGCUCUAGUCGGCCUCUUGUUUCGGACUCCACUGUCGGACAAAAACGACCAACAAAUAUGGUUGGGACAUGGUAAUGGUGGGGAUGACUGGUAAUACAAAAAGGGUAUAUAACAUUCUCAGAUAAAAAAAGAUGUAAUUAAUAGACUUACAGGUCCCUUUCGAAGUCAUUAUCUACAAUGGUUUAGACCGUGUAUUAUCGUGUUGCGACACGAUUAUAAUAUUGAUAAUAAACUUUAUUUAUACACGUGUUGUCCAGACACAGCCAAUGGCAGUUCUUCCCUGGAGCCGUAUUAAAAUAAAAUUUCAAACAUUAAAACAGCACACAAACCGUUAAGCAAUAAACAAGAUAAAAGAUCUACAGCAAAAAUAAAGAAAAUAAAAAAAAUACGGUAUAAAAAUUAGAGGCAGGCAUACUGUAUUUGCGAGAACUACAAUUUACGGUACAAAAUUAGGCAAAUUAAUCCUGGCAGACGAUAAUUAUCAUUGUUUAAAUAAAUUUAGUCAAACUGGAUGAUUUUCCACACAAAAGAAAAUGUGAAAAAGCAGACUGUGGAAAUAAAUGAGCACAUAUUUUCUUUAUAUUUAAUUGACCGACUGGGUAGGUUUCCAUGGCCCUGUUUAGUAUUAUCGAUUAUAGUAUUGAGUAAUACCUACCUAUAGGCCUACGUAUUGAUUUCCUUGUGGUCCAAUAUAAUGCAGAUUCCUGCGAUAUCUGACGGCCGUGUAUGGAAUUUAUAUGAACUGUCAAUAGACGAUACAUUUCAUGUUUUAAUUAUUCAUUCAAAUUUAUCAAAAUCGAUAAUACGCCGGCAAUAUACGGACCAUAAUAUACAUUGCCACCAAUCCUUAUUAAACAUCGCCCUCUGACGUAUCAAGUAAACAUCUGAUCCUGACAACAGUAAACAAUUCUGUAUUUUAAGCUCUCACUCAUGCGUGUACGACAUGCGUGUACAACACAAUGUUUUCAGACUUAAUUCUUAUCAGGCGAAUUAAUGGAAUACAGGUCUUCUUUUGAAUAUUGAACUGUUCCAUGGCGUUUCUUUGUAGAAUUGUUUCCAUGUAGGCUAGGCCCUACAACUAACUUAGCCUAAUAAUUGCCUUAGCGUUCACUACAUAGGGAAGGACGAGAAGUGCAUCCCUCAGUAUGGGUAAUGCGGUAGGGGUUCUGCCUGGGGCCCCUGUAAAGGCUAAUGGAAAGAAGAACUGGAAAGGGCUUAGUGCUUACCGUACAGCCCAUAUGGCAACCAUACGUAUGCGUGCAAGUGGUCUGUGGAACACGCCUCGAGAUGAUCGCCAGGUGUGGAAAAAGAUCCUAGAAGAUGCAGCUGAUGAAUUUGAGGAUUUUUUAAUUGAAUGUGAAAAGGAUGAUAUCGAGAAUAGAGAGGAAUUUCGAGAGAUGAUGUACGGAGGGAUUCCAGAUUCGCAUAUUAAGCGAAAUGGAAAUGAGGUGUGGGUGUUUGUAAGUUCAACAUUCACAGACACCCAGAUGGAACGAGAUAUUCUGAUGGAGGAUGUGUACCCGUAUCUACGUGAAUUCUGUCGAAAGAUUGGUUUAGAUUUCAACGUUGUUGACCUAAGGUGGGGCAUAAGAAAGGUUCUUGCAAACUCACACCAGGCCACCAGUAUUUGUCUGACAGAGGUACAGAGAUGCAGAGCAACUUCCAUUGGUCCAUUCUUUGUUGGUAUUCUUGGAUACAAGUAUGGUUGGCGUCCAAUCCCUCGUACCGUUGAAUCAGCUACAUUUAUGACUUUUCUGACGUAUAUCGAGAAUUCUACAAGUCGAGAUACCGAUGAUGACAAAGCAAUAGAACUUAUCAAGGAUUGGUACAGACUGGAUUUAAAUGCUCUCAAACCUGAGUUUGUUUUGCAACCGAUUACGCAUAAAUUUCCUAACUAUGACAAGCGUGAUAGUGACGAUAUCAAGGGCUGGUAUGACACGUUUGAUAUCAUGCAAAAAGCGAUAUUCACAGCUGUCAGACAUUGCCAGCUACCACAGGAUCUCAAAGUUGAGUUGACACGAUCAAUUACGGAAGGAGAAAUCAUGGAAGCAAUUUCUGAAAAUAGUGAAGACAAAAGAUGUUUCUUCUUUGAUCGAGAUCUGAAAGGAUUCGACGCCCAGGAGGCCUCUAAGAUAGGCUAUGUUGAUAUGUCCAGUGGAAAUGUCGACUCGGAAGCAUACAAGAAACUUGAAAAUCUUAAGGCCAAGAUUUGGGACAGCUUACCGUCACAGAAUUUGAGUCGUUACAAAAUAGACUUUAAGCCUUCAAACUCUGAGAUGCAGGAUACGAAAGAGAACAAGGAAUCUUUGAGAACAUUCUGUGACAAGUUUUGUGACUACAUGGUAAAUUCUAUCAGAGAAGGAGCUGCAGAGCAUAGAUCUACAAUGAAAAAUUCUGUGUACGCUGAAGUGAUAAACCACAGCGUCUUUGCACGUGAAAGAGCUGAAAUGUUUUCCGGACGUGAACCAAUCGUAGCAGAAAUGAUGAACUACUUGAAAAAAGAAAGUGGCAAAAAGCCUUAUGUAUUACAUGGUGUAGGAGGUAGUGGUAAAACGUCCAUUCUUGCUAAAGUCUUCAGUAAAUCAUUGACUCGUUGGGGUUCAAUCACAGUUGGAAGACCUGUCCAUAUUGUCCGCUUCAUCGGUGUCACGCCAGAAUCUUCCAACAUUCGAGACCUAUUAUAUAGUAUAUGUAAACAGCUGUGCUAUGUUUUGAAGCUUAGUCCGAGCACCGUACCGGUUGACUACAAACAGCUUGAAAAGAAGUUUCUAGAAAUGUUAGGACACGCCACAUCAUCAAGACCAUUUGUCGUCUUUAUUGAUUCACUGGAUCAAUUAUCUGAUGACAAUGAGGGGCGUGAUUUACAUUGGCUUCCAUGUUACUUGCCCAACUAUGUCCACAUGAUUGUGACCGUUAGACCAAAUGCCGGCGGGUGUCUUGCAGCCUCACAAAACGUCGUAAAAUCCCAAGAAUAUUUCUUAGAGGUUCUUCCACCUGAUGAAGCUGAUACCAAUGCAAUGAUAGAUCUACUUCUUGCCAAGAGUAACCGGACAGUAACAUCUUGUCAGAAGAAAAUAAUUAUAGGUGCCCACAGAGAUGGUAAGCCGACCCCUCUGUAUCUGAAGCUAGCUUGUGAUAUAGCAAAAUCAUGGCAUUCGUACACUGAGGAGAGCCAUUGCAAACUUGCUGAUACCGUCAAUGGACUUAUAAAUCAGCUAUUUACGGAAUUAGAGGAAAGCCAUGGACAGACAUUAGUGAGAGAGGCUCUAGGAUACAUUACUGCUGCAAAGACUGGUCUAUCAGCCAAUGAACUCCUAGAUGUAUUAUCAUGUGAUGAAACUGUGUUGGAUGACUGCUUUGAGUUUCAUAUCCCACCAAUCAGAAGACUCCCAUCAUUAUUAUGGACUCGUUUAAGAUUAGACCUUGGUUCUUACCUUGUUGAAGGUGGUGCUGAUGAUGUUGUGGUUUACCGAUGGUAUCAUCGUAUCUUCCAUGAAGUUGCUAGGCAGCGUUAUUUGACAGACAACGAAGAGUUCCUUCAUCAAUCUCUUGCGCAUUAUUUUAUUGGGAGAUGGGCCGAUGUUCCUAAACCAUACCGAGACAAGAAAACAAAUGAAAUGAACAUAGCAAACCGCCGUCUGCCUCCCCAGCCUCUAGUAUUGGUGAACAGGAAGGGGGAAAUGGACAACAAUGAACGAUACAACUUGAGGAAACUGACUGAACUACCAUUCCAUCUUAUUAGAGCAGGAAUGUGGCAAGAUUGCGAAAAGGAACUCUGUACAAUUCAAUGGAUUCGUGCUAAGUGCAAAACUGGAAGAUGUUACCAGCUAGUUUUGGAGUUGGCAGAGGCUUCCGCAAAGGCAGAACAUAGUCAGAUUCUGCGUGACUUCUAUCGACUUGUCCGUGCUAAUAUCCACACACUUCAAUUACACCCAGAGCUGAUUUGUCAACAGGCUCUAAAUGAACCAGACUCUUCUGUAUGCAUGAAUGUUGCUAUGAACUUCAUCAAGGAAAGAAGCAAGAAAAUGAGUUGCUUACUUGAUUUGACCAAGAAUCAAAGUGUCAACCCAGAGGUUAUGACUCUACAGCAUACAUCAGCAGUCAAAUUAUGCAAAUUUUCUCCAUCAGCAAAGUACCUAGCAACUGUCAGUCAAGAUGAAACGUUAAGAGUAUGGAGAGUAGCGAGUGGAGCACUUGAGAUGACAUUAGAAUGUGGUGCUUUGAAAAUUGAAUUUCCCAGCAAUUGUCAUUGGGUUUGUUGUUUGACAAGAAAUGGAAUUUCUAUAUAUGGAUUAGGUACAGGCGGCUUUCCAAAAGGAAAAAAGGUGAUGCGUGUCGAAAUCGAGAUGGACCAUCUGGCAGCCAUUUUUAUUCCCAAGUCCUGCAAGGCAAUACAAGUUGUAUCAUAUGGUCGCUUGAGCACAUAUGGUUUUCCAUCAGGAAGACUUAUCCAAAAGAAAGAACUUAAGUGUCGACCAAAACACGUUGCUUUCUCUCCAAAUGGUAAAUGGCUGGCAUUGGCAAACAAGACAGUGUUUUUAUGGGAUAUUUCCAAGGAAGAGGAAGUGAAAACUUUUGGCGCUAAUGGUCUAAGUACUAACCUCACCGGGAGCUUUUUAGCGUUUUCAUCAGACAGCAAACGUGUUUUAGGUAUUCUGCCAAAUGGAACAUACCGGUGGAACACUACUGGAAAAAAUCCAGAACCAAUUGGCAAUAAGUUAUCGUUAAACUGUAUGCAAGGCGAAGUGGUUUUCUCACCUAAUUUGGACUAUGUGGCUUCCAUGAACGGAGAGUCAACUUUACGGAUUUUGAAGUUCCAAAAAAAUGGUGCAACAUGGACAUACUUAAAGGGUCACACAGGACCGGUUAUCUCUUGCUCAUUUGAAAGAUCUCAAGAUGACACCACUAUGGUCGCAACCGGAAGUGAGGACCAAUCUGUCAGGAUCUGGGAUUCACGUGACCUAUCAACUGAAAAUUUUGCACGAGCUAUCGCUCAUACUCAUGCUAUAGAAAGUUGUGUGUUCUCACCAGAUGGCACCAGAGCAGUGACAGUUGCUGACAACAAGACUGUGUACUUCUGGGAAACGAAUGUGUCGCCUCCAACAGUUACAUGCAUGUUGGCAUCGGACACAUCAUGUCAUGUUAACCGUAUUGGCUGUAUAUCAAGCGAUGGCAUGUUUGUGGUCGGUUUUUGCGGGGAUCAAGCAGUUGAUAUAUGGAAUACUGCAUCUAAAACAACAUCUGCACACAGUAUGACUAUCAAUUGCAAACACAAAUUGGUUCCAUUUGCAAGUCCAAAUUUCUUCUUCGUGCAGUUUAUGCGCAGUGGACUGAAUGUGUGUUUCAGUACAGGCAACAAACCAGGUGUUCUGUACUGCAUGACAGUGUUGUCAUCAACUAUGGUUGACGAGUGGAAAUCAUUUCCUGAUAAUUUCCCUGCUGAUGUAUAUGAAUCCGAUUUACGUGACUUCAAACAUGGGGAUAAUCAAAAGAUCGUGUCUGCAGUAAUGAACAAGGAUGGAAAUCGUCUGGCAACGAUAUCUAUCGCUUUAUCUGAAAACCAAAAAGCCGCCGCUAUGCUUGCAGAUGUUGAGGUUCAAGGCACACUGUCAUGCUGCAUUUGGAGCCCAAGCUACAGCCGAAUUCUGAAGAAAUGCUCUCUUGAUACCAGUAUUUCUCGUGCACACCAACUCGAGUUCAUAGGCUCCAAUGUAAUAGUGCUGUAUCAGAAGUAUGUACGUAACUCGGGAAAUAUUCCCAACUCUCGGGAGUCUGUUAUACAGGUUUUGGACUAUGACACAAUGAAUACAGUCUACUCUAAAUCAGUAAAGGCAAAUUAUGACAAGAUAUUUGUCAAGCCUAAUGCACAGAUAUCCAUAUCUGAUGGAAGAUUGGUGGACUCAUUACUGCUAGGACAUGUGCAGGAGGAUAUGUUACACAUCACUGAAUGGGACAGUAACAAAGCUGUUACAAAAUACUGUUAUAAGUCAUUAAAAAUAACCUCAUUUGACCUAUCACGUGAUAGACGAAGUAUUAUCGUCGGAUUUGAAAAUGGCAGUGUUAGAUUUUUGCGAUUUGUAAAUAUCAAAUAGGCCUAGAUUAAUGAGAAUGAUGUUUCGAGCUCAUAAAAUUACAUCACUGACUGAGACUUUACAUCAUGAUUGGUGCUAUUGAACUUGGUAAAUGAAAUGCUAUUUUGUCAGGAAUGUAGAAGAUGGCCUACUUAAGAAGCGUUUGGCGUACGGUCCGGUUGAGACUUGGACUCUCAACCUUGUGGUGGUCAGGGGUUUGAAACUCGCGCUGUGCAAGU